AUGGCGGCCGUGGCUGCAGAGCCAGGAGCUGCUGCUGCUGCGGCAUCAACAACAGCGGGGGACGGGGUCGAGUACGAGCCGGAACCAGCCGAGCAUGUGGCCGACCUCGACACCCACUCGACGCAGGACUUCGUCCCUGAGAUGGACCUCUGUCACCCGGUCGAGGAUGUGGAUGCGGUUCAGGAAUGCAGCCAGGUCCAAAUGGAAAUGAGAAGGCCGGACCUCCAAGCCGCGGGAAAAGCCCUGGCUGUCCGUGCAGAGGAUGGACACGCCGAGACGGGUGGCGCGUGGAGCUGCGUGAACGAGCCCGAGCAGCACGUUCUCACGGACUAUAGGUGUAAAGACAUUGCCGUGGUGGAGGAGCGGCUAAAAGAGCCGUUCUCGCCCAGCGUGGAGGCUGCUAACGAGGUCAGUGCUCAAGAACCCAGCGCCUGCCUUCUGCCCAGCUCCAUCUCCGACUCUCAGCCGUCCGUGGUCUUCUUGCAUUCUCUGCCCGCUCUUCACCCUGUUGAAUCGGAGACGGAGCUGUCUCUGGCCGAGGCUGCCGAACCGGCAGCCGAAUACUACAGUAAUCCGCAGUCAACUCAUCCAACUGACUCCAUAGGGUUCAUACAGCCGUCUCGGGAGGCAAACGUGGAGCCCGAAGCCGCCAACGACGCUCCCGAAUUUAAGCCUCCUGAGGACGCUUUCCACGAACUCCCUCAGCCUCCAGACCAUCCCGAAUCUCUGUCCACUUUAGAGGAGACCUCGCUCGGGGACUCGCUCGGGCAGAGCUGCGUUAGUGACUUUUCUGACGGCUCCAUGAAAGACUCCGCCGAACUUCCAUUAGCAGCAGAAGCGGCGGCGGAGCAGUCCCUCAUCUCAUCAGAAUCGGAGGAUGUGCGCGCGCAUCCUGUUUUGAGUUUGAAAACGGACCCGAGCGAGCCCGAGCUCAAACCUCAGGUGCCUCGCGCAGAAAGCGUGGAGAGGCAGUCUGAGAGCAUUAUGGGUCUCGUCCCCGGCUCGGAGGUCCGAGUCUCACUGGAUCACAUCAUCGACGAUGCUCUUGUUGUGUCCUUUCGUUUAGGAGAGAAAAUCUUCUCCGGGGUGCUCAUGGACCUUUCGAAAAGGUUUGGACCCUAUGGAAUUCCAAUAACUGUAUUCCCCAAAAGAGAGUACAAGGACAAACCAGAAUCUAUGCAGUUAAAGAUGGAGCCAUUCCAGUCAGAGACUGAGAAGGGCGUCACUCAAGGAUCUCCUGAUGCCCCUCCCAAGGAACCUACCCAAACCCUUUCAGUUCCACAAGCCAGCCCUAACCCUCAGCCCAACCCAUGGACCUCAAAACCACCCCCUUUGUUUCAGGAGGGAGCACCUUACCCGCCUCCGAUAUUCAUCAGGGACACCUACAACCAGUCGUUACCUCAGCCUCCACCCCGCAAGAUCAAACGGCCGAAACGCAGGCUGUACCGAGAGGAGCCUACUUCUAUUAUGAAUGCCAUCAAGCUCCGACCGAGGCAAGUGCUGUGUGAUAAAUGCAAAGGGGCUGUAGUACAAGGGGACAAGCGUGAGACGCGUAGAGGCCCCAUUUCAGACUGCCGGAGCGAUGAUGCAAAGCGGCGGCGAAAUGACAGCUCAGCUGCGGCUGCUGGGAAGCGGCCUCGUACUGAGGACAGAAGCCGCACUGCUGAUGGACCCAAGCGGCAGGGUACAACCAUACGGGUCAAUUCCUCCGCUGCUUCUUCUGCUCUGGGCCAGGUUAAGGGGACAGCUGCAGGGAACCGUGUGGUGAAAGGGGUUUCCACUGCAGCACCAUCCUCCGCCAACAGCAGCUCCCGAGUGCAGCUCAACGCCAAGAAAGUGCUUCAGAGUAAAAAUGUUGACCACUCUAAAGCACGAGAAGUGCUAAAGAUGGCCAAAGCUCAGAGGAGGCAGAGAGAGACAGUCACCAGCAGCAGCAGCAGCAGCAGCAACAACAACACCAAGGCCAUGACCAGGGCUGCUGCUCUCCAGGAAUCCCACCAGAAGGUCCACUUCACCAGACGACUGCAACAGAUCAGUGGAGGAGGACCCGGCAUGGCCAACCCGCUGCCACCCAGGAUGCGCAUCAAGCCCCAAAGGUACCGUAAUGAAGAAAACGAUUCUUCCUCAUGUAGGCCGCCUUGCUUGGAGAAAGUGCCGGGAGGGGGGCGUUUAGCGCUGCCUAAGCUAGCUGCAGCUCGCUGCACCUCCACCCGCUCCUCCUCCUCCUCCUCCUCCUCCUGCUCCGCAGGCCAGGCCGCCGCUGCUGCAGAGCCUCUGGGGCCCGACAGGGCGCUCGAGCCCCCAUUGAGCCAGCAGGCCCAACCUAAACCCCAACCACACCCCCACCCACCUCCGGAGCACAGGGACCCCCAGCCCGAGCCAGAGGAACAGGAGGGGCGGGAGAUGCGCGGGAGCAAGGCGGGCAACCUGGUGGUCUACAUGACCCUUAACCCCAGCCAGCCUGACUCCUCUAGUACCUCGAUGUGCAGCGUCGAUAGUGCAGAUGAUUUAAAGUCAUCAAACUCUGAGUGUAGCUCAACUGAAACCCUUGACUUUCCCCCUCCCGGCGAUUUCCGCUCGGCCCCUGCCCCCAGCACAUCUUCCACUUUUGCCUCCACCUCUCCCUCUGCUCCCAAGGAUGAAAAAAAGCGCAGUAAAUCCCUCAAAGCCACUGUUUUUUCCAAAAAUGUCUCAAAGUGCGUUGCCCUCGAUGGCAGGACCAUUUGCGUAGGGGACAUUGUGUGGGCCAAAAUCCUCGGCUUCCCUUGGUGGCCCGCCCGCAUCCUAGCCAUCACAGUGAGCCGCAAAGAUAAUGGGCUGUUAGUCAGACAGGAGGCCCGUGUCUCCUGGUUUGGGUCGCCUACCACUUCCUUCCUGGCAAUUACUCAGCUUGCCCCCUUUCUAGAAAACUUCCAGUCUCGCUUCGACAAGAAGAGAAAGGGUCUGUACCGUAAAGCCAUCACAGAGGCCGCCAAGGCAGCCAAACAGCUCACUCCUGAGGUUCGCGCCUUGCUAACUCAGUUUGAGACGUGAGGCUGUGUGCCUUUGAAAGGUAGGCAAAGCAGGCAUCCGCUUUCGCCCUGUAGCCCUUCCCAAAAAACUCUUCGCCCCCUUACUGUACCCAGCCACCUCACAUAGAGAAGCCCAGAAAGUAUCAGGCCAGACAACUAGGACUCUUAUUUAUUUUCGUGGAACAGGCAGAAAUUAGGGGGAUGGGAAGGUGAUUGUUGGAAAUGGAUUAUGUUGGAAAGUAAUGAUGAAAUAGUUGUCAUGAGUCAUGUUAAGUUGAAGUUUUCUCUUGUAUGAUUUGAUUUUCCUUUGAGCCCACAUGCCACAUAUAAUCAGUCACUUGAUAUUGUCACAUUAGUACAUUUCUGUAUCUUUUCCAUGAUUCCAGGUUAGAUAAGCCUCUUUCUUCCAAAAUCACUCAUUUUCUAUCAUAUAAAGAAUUUGUCAUGGAGGUUAGAUUGUUUUAUUAUUCUUUUAAAGAAUAUUAAUUUAAUCAGAAUGUCCUUUAAAACUUAUACAUGAUUUAAUUAGACAUGAUUAAGUGAAACAUUUUUUAGGAAAAUGUGAAUAUUAGGCCAGGUUUCUGCUUCCUUUUGGAUAUAUAGGGAGUGCACAAAGGGGGUCACUUUGAUAGCAACUACAUUUGAUAGUGAACUACUCAGCUUGACUAGGUCCUGUUAACUCCUGGAAGACACUCGGUCUAUCUUGGUGUGCAUGAGAAGGAUGUUCAUAUGGAAGGGAGAAAAUGUGAAAAAGGACCCUGGUGGGUAUACAGUCUCUUACUCAGGUAGACGGAGAGGUUGAUUGGUGCUGCUCCUCCUUAAAUAUAAUCAGAUGCUGGAUCAUGGUCCUGUGUCCUGAGCAGAGGAGUUGUGAUCUGGGUGUGGCUUUCGGCCAGCCAUGACUUUGCAGGCAGUUAGCUGGGGUCAUGACGGAGCUGUCUGUAAGCCAAAGUCACCUCAAGUGCCAGUGGUGCCAGUCAGAGGAGUGAGCAGAGGCGCUGAUCAUUUCUUAGUCGAGAGAAGCAUAGACAGACCCUACCAGCUGACGUGAGCCCCCGAUUCCCACCCCUCACAGCUACAACAUCUGUUCCCCUCACUCCUCUUUUAACCACCUACCCACUGAACAGCUCGCCUCUUCUCUCCUCUCCUCUGCUGUUUUCCCACUCUUCCUUUCCUCCUCUCUGUUUCUGUGUGUCUUCUUACUGUUUCAUGUAUGUCUGGUUUUAGCUUAAAUAUUUCCAUGCUUGGCUUACAUGCCUUUGUUCCUGUGUAGAUGUAGAAGCUUCUGUUUGUUUCAAACCAAUGGGAUCACAAGCAUUUAUUUGAGGCCGUUGUUUAUUUAUGCAAGCCAUUCAUAUCUUUUGCUAUGAAAUGAAUACACUUUGUUGCAAUAGAGCAUCAAAUAUCCGUUAUCACAAUGAGUUGCAUUUUACCAAAAAGCCAGAAGACUGCCCAUACUGUCUUGAUGAAGCACAAGACAGCAGUUCUGAUAAGUACGCAUGUUCAGCAGUACAGUUAUGGGUUAGAACCUCUUGUUGGCUUAGUAGUUAAAUGGUUUCUCUAAUUUUUAGUGUUCAUUGUCAGCUGCAUUUCAAGAUGAGGAAUGUGUUUUAAAUUUAUUUGUUGUGCCUGAACUUUAUUUUUUGUCAUUUCACUUCUUGGAUCAUAGGGCUGAACAUCUGGAAAUACACAUUUGUUUAUACAGUAUUCAAAAUGUAUUUUACCAGAUUCAUUUGAUGGGAAAUGGCUUAAAUCUUAUUUCAUGACUGAGAACAAAAGGUUUUAAGUUUGUGUGGCUCAAGUGAGCGUUAUGUCAAAAGAAAAUGUGUAAUCUCUCUGAUCUGUAAUCAUUAUUUGUCCUUGAAUUGCAUACCAAUUAGCAUUCUGAACUGUAUCUGCUCACCUGAGAAGGGAUUUACUGUAAGGUAAACUGGUCUUUCCAAGUAUGGCAAUCAAAUUGGCAGAGAUCAGUGGCUUGAAAGAGGGGGAAAAAAAACACUUUGCUUGGUAGACCACACUGACUGAUGGGACAUUUGUCAAAAGCAGAGCAAAAUGCUAUUUAUUUUGGUGGUUGGCUUUGUUUUAUUUCAAUCUCUUUAUUUUUACUUUUAUUAUUUCUAUCUGUUUGCAGGUCAGAGAAUGCUGUAAAACCAUUGAAAAAAAAGUUACAGUUGAAGAUAUUGUGUACAUGUUUUCUGAUGUUUUAAGAGUAUAUAAAUAAAAUGUGAACUUCAAGAA